AUGGCCGAUGCGAGCGGUCGGUACGAGUCAUGGGACCAGGCGCGUCUCAUCUCCCGCAUAAGACAGCUGGAGCAUGAACUUGACAAGCGGGACGCCGCAUCGAAAGCCGCCGGGUCCGGGUCCGGGUCCGGGGCCAAGAACAACAACGGCACCGGUGCCGCAAUAGCAGCGGACGGAGCCCCGCCGGUGAAGAAGAGGAAGAAGGAGGCCAAGCGGAUCGACUCGUCGCGGUAUUCCACCCGCUUCAUCGCGCUGAAGCUGGCGUACCUGGGCAAGAGGUACGGAGGAUUCGAGUACGCCACGUCGGCGAGCCUGCCGACCAUCGAGGGCGAGCUGUGGAACGCCCUGACAAAGUCGUGUCUCAUCUUUCCCGAGGAUCAGGAUGUUGUCAAUUUUGACUGCUGCGAGUACUCAAAGUGCGGGAGGACGGAUCGUGGCGUGAGUGCGUUUGGACAGGUCAUUGGGUUAAGGGUGCGGAGUAACAGGCCAAUGCCCAAGAAGCAGGAGGAUGUCAUACCUGCCGCUGAGACGGAGGGAGAUACUCCAAUGGAGGGAACGGAAAAGGUCGAAGAGGAGGAGGAGAAGGAGGGGGAGAAGAAGAAGCCCGAGAAGGCAUGGGAUGAGAUCAACGACGAGAUCCAGUACGUCAAGGUCCUCAACCGCUUGCUGCCGGACGACAUCCGCAUCAUCGCAUGGUGUCCCUCCCCGCCGCCAGACUUCUCCGCGCGCUUCUCCUGCGAAGAGCGGCAGUAUCGCUAUUUCUUCACGCAGCCCGCCUUCACCCCGACAGCGACCACCGUCGACGGCAAACCGGACAGCAUGAAGGAGGGGUACCUCGACAUCGACGCCAUGAACCAGGCGGCGCAGAACUUCAUCGGCACCCACGACUUUCGCAAUUUCUGCAAGGUGGACGGGAGCAAGCAGAUUACAAACUUUGAGAGGCGCAUGUUCGAAGCGGGCGUCGAGGAAGUCAAGGACGUCGGCACGGCGCUGGCCUAUCUUGGCGCGAGCGCCGUCGACGGCAGCCAGCUUCCCAAGGUCUACUCGUUCAACAUCCGCGGGACGGCGUUCCUGUGGCACCAGAUCCGGCACAUGGUGACGAUCCUCUUCCUCAUCGGCCAGCGCCUCGAGGAGCCGGCGCUCGUCACGCGGCUUCUGGACGUUGAGAGCACGCCGCGGAAACCAAACUACGACCUCGCGCACGAGACGCCGCUGGUGCUGUGGAACUGCGUCUUCCCCGGCGACGACGAAAACCGGACGUCCAACGACGCGGAGAACGCUCUUCACUGGGUGUACGGCGAGGCCGACGUCGUGGAGAACCUGUGGUCGCACUACCGCGAGAAGAAGAUGGACGAGCUGCUGGCGAACCGCCUGCUGGACCUCGUGUCGAGACAGGUUCAGGGGACCGAGGCCAAGGCCAAGGGGAAGAGGGUGUUCCAGGGGGGACACGAGGGGAAGCUGGCGGGCGGGUACGUGCCGAUUGCCAAGAAGCAGCUGACGCCGUCGCCAGCGGAGAUCAAUGACCGGUGGGCGCAGCGCAAGGGGUUCAAGAACUCGGAUGAGAUGAGGGAGUCCAAAAACUGGCGAAAGGUCAUUAAGGAUGCCAAGCAGGCUGCCGCGGCGGGCGAUGGGGAUGAAUAG